AUGAUGAUAUUCUCCCGACCGAUUCCGGCUACGGUGGCCAAUGUCAUUGAGACUAGCCAACUGUGGAGGAGAUAUUAUAGUACACAAGUGUACGCGCAGACACAACGUGCACUCGCUAUUCCUGUCACUCUCAUACUCUGGUGGGAUGACCACUCGACACAACCAGUGAGAGUUAAGGCGCAGGACGGCUUUACGUGCUCUCCGAGGCACGGGGGUAAAACACCGCCAACUUCCCAACUCCGGGCUGUUACUGAGGCUUACUAUACAGAAAGACUCAAUAAC